AUGGAUUUGAUGAAGAAGGCCAUUUGGGGACCCGAUCCCAAGGAACAAUUUCGUAAGUGUCAACAGGCGUUGCGCAAGAAUAAACGUCUAUUAGACAGACAGAUUCAGGAUUUAAACAAUGUCGAAAAAAAAUCAAAGUCUUUAAUCAAAGCUGCCGCUAAGAAAGGUGAUAUGAAAGCUGCCCGAUUGUAUGCAAGAGAGCUCCAAAAUACGAAAAAAGUCAAUCAGAGGAUGCACGUCUCUAAGGCAACGUUGAAUUCCAUCGAAAUGAAACUCAAUGAACAACAACAACUGAUCAAACUGACGGGCUCCCUACAGAAAUCCACCGGGAUAAUGAAAGACAUGAACCAGUUGGUGCGCUUACCUCAGAUCUCGAGAACGGUUCAGGAACUCUCCAAAGAACUGACUAAAAGCGGAAUCAUCGACGAAAUGGUCUCGGAUAUGUUAGAUACGGCCGAUUGGGAAGAAGAUGAUGUGGAAGAAGAUGAAACCGUUGAUGAAAUACUUUCAGAGGUGUUGGGUGACCAAAACAAACUAGAUGGUUUGGAAGUUCCUCAGAAUCCAGUUGAAGAACCACCAUCCCAAGUUAUACAAGAAAAUGAGGGGGAAAAUGAAUUGGAAGAUGACGAUGAGGAUUUGAUCCUGGAUAUGAGACAAAGAUUGAAUGCUUUACAAGGGUAA